GCAGUAUGUGCCAGAGUUGAUACAUGUUACUAACUAAAACUUCCCGCAAACCAUAGGGCCAUCCUAUAACCACUAGAGAGUCGUUUAGCUGAACAGUCGUGAAAAAGGCAUCAUGUCUCCGCCAAAAGCACGGCUGAAGUUCCAAGCCGACUUGAAGUUAGCAGCCGAAAAGAGCUAUGACCAUAUAUCAACCAUCAAGAAGGGGGAUGCCGAAGAUGAAUUCACGUUCGUGUUUAGCCAUCCUAACCUGCCUAGACCCUCUCGAUUUGAGAUCCGUGUCCAACCUCAAGAUGUGCGAGGCUAUCCGGACCAGAACAUUUUCCUCGUCUACACUAACGAUGAUAUACCUCCAGCAGUUGCCCAUGUUCUAGAGGAAUCCAUAUCUGAGGCAGCGGGCCUGAAAGUCCAGGACAUGCUUAACAACAUCUCUCGAAGACUUCGGGCUGCCUUAGAGAAUAAUGGCUCUGAGGAAGAAGAUGGUAAUAUCGACAUGAUGGAUGAUACAGGAUUAUCAGGCAGCAGCGAGGAAGAUAUGUUCUCUGAAUAUGGUGACGAUCUUGACGAUGAGCUGUUUAGUUAUGAAAUAAGGGACGAGUCCGACACAAGCCUUCCAGUUAAACCUAGCGAGCCACUAGCACCGUCGCUACUGCAACGAAUCCGCAGAGAUCUUCAGUCUGUGCUCAAGGCGGGAUUUCACGUGGGGAGGAUUUGUGGAUUUGAGGACGGCGUAUCUGAGAGCGUGGUAUCAAUAUCAAUUCGGGUGACCAAAUUGCAUCUUUCUAAAGAGAUAUACGAAGCAUGGGGUCUUAGCUCUUCAGACUUCAUCGUCCUACUCAUCAAAUUCGACCAAUAUUACACUACUAUCGAAGACGUACUUCAGGGCCAGGCCGAAUAUGCCAGGGCAGAUUUUCGUCUAAGAAAGUGUUCUAAAAAGAAACCUUCAUGUCUACAAGCCCUAGCUGCUUUCGGAACUAAGGCGACUACGAAUCAUGAAUCACACGACCCAGAACUAUUUACGUUUUGGGUUAGUAAGUCGAUCGAUAAGCUCAUGAACGAAGACUUCGUGUCAAUGUUGAAGCUGAGGAAAGAACGUGGAGUUUCCUGGGAUACGGCCAAGGAAAUGAAACGAGCAUAUGAAAUUAACUCAGGGUUGCUGUCAUCCUUCGAAGACGUGGAGCCCGCAGAAUACGAAGAAGAAUCCAUUGACAAGGCUCAGUUGCCUCCUAUGCUCGCCAAUGAUCACAUACUAAGCGACGGGGAGGUCUCUUUACCACUGGUUGCCAUGCAGUUUGCUUUGCGCUACCUAGUUAGAUGCACGGACUACUGUACAGUCUGCCAUCGCAGAAUGAAAGGGAGCUUUGAGGCUCUGAGGCCGUACGUCUGCAGUGAUCCCCUCUGUCUCUACCAGUACAUGAACUUAGGCUUCGGCCCGGACAUAGAUUAUGAGAUCAUAAGCCAACCUAACGUUGUCGACCUCUUGGUUAGCUUCUGCUAUGCCGGUCUGUCUGCUUCAUUGACGGCAGGGAAAUGUAUCAUGCGAGAAUUUCCCACGGGGUUAAACUUACAAGUGCCGAAGAUACUAGGACACUACGCAUCUUCGAAUUCUAGUCAAGAUAUUCUCGCGCGUGAACAACAAAUGUCUGGAAAUUCGGCACCCCGUGUUGUACCUGUAGAGGGGGGGAAACUUAUAGACCCUUUGGACGUGACGUUUAAUUUAGCCGACUCUACCGCUACAAUAAUCAGCAAGUUAGAUGAUGUUGCUAUAAAAGAAGGCCAAUGGGUGGUUAUCUCGACCGACAUCCCAAACAGUCCCAACAGGCCGACAGGUCCAAUCACUAUGUUACACCAUGCCCGUAUCAUAUCCAAGUAUAAGGCUUCGCUACAGCUCGACGUUAUGGUACGACAUAUGUUACCCCAAAACGGGAAUGAUGCCUCCAGAUCGUUAGGGUUCGACCCCGUUGAUGAUCAGACCAUCCGCUCCUGCGUAGGGGAUAUCAUACCAGGUCAUCUCAUAUUCUGUAAUGCAGAUUUAGACGACAUCCCCAGCCUGCACGACAAGGCUUUCUCCAUGCUAAUUAUACUUGCUACCUUCCCUUCGGUUGCAGAUAUGAAGCAGCAUUUGAUGACCAAGCAACAGUUGCUCAAGUGGAAGAGAAUGCCACGGGCAGCCGUGGAUCUACUAAGAUGGAUUAUGGCUUCAAAUAGGUCAUAUAUCGUACAAGUGGACGAUGAAUCUCCUACGGAUACUGAGGCUGUUCCACCCCCCGAGAAGAUUUAUGGCGUUGAUGGUUGGAUCCAAUUCCGAUUCGCUCAAGGGUCUUUAGAGAAGGAAAGCCGCUUCAACGAGGUUCUGAAGAGCAUUGAUAAACCUCAAAAGACCCUUGUUGCUUGGCACGGGAGCAUGCUUGGGAAUUGGCAUAGUAUUAUUCGCCAGGGUCUGAACUAUAACGUCACCGUAAAUGGUCGAAGUUUUGGGAACGGUAUCUAUUUUGCCAGGGAGUUUGAAACCAGCCGUUUUUAUUCUGCAGAUGUGAACGGUGGAGCCCCGUGUAUAUGGCCCAACUCCUCACUAGGGGUUCAGUCCGUUAUCAGCUUAAACGAGCUCGUCAAUCUGCCCGAUAAGUUUGUAAACAGCAAUCCUUACUUUGUGGUCCAGCAUUGCCAUUGGACUCAGUGCAGGUAUCUUUUCGUUAAUCCUACACUAGCGGUCGACCCUCGACAUUCACAUAUCAUCGACAAGGCGCCUACUGGGGUGCCAGAAUUCGUACAAGACCCAGCAUGGCGCCUUGCGGGUCCUAAUAAUAACAGACUAUUUAUUCCGAGAUGUGCUAUCCCUUCAGCGCGGUACGGAUGCAACACUUCAACGAUAUCACAGGUAGAUGGUAUAAGGGGGGCAGAGAACCCCGAGAUAUUCAGUAGCGACGAAGAUGAAGAGGAUAUCUCGUUCCUCUCUCAAAAGGAAGGGGUCUCUCAUAUGGACCAGAUAUAUAAAACUGAUUUUCGCCCUGGGAUGCUUGACUUCUCUACCCUUCCACAACUAGCUCCUCCAUCAUACGCAACCAAGGCUGCUCAAAGGACUCUCGGGCAGGAGAUUAAGAAGCUACAGAAGGUACAAUCCACAACACCUCUUCAUGAGUUAGGCUGGUAUAUCGACUUCGAAAAGAUCAACAAUAUGUUUCAAUGGAUCGUGGAGCUGCACUCCUUCGACCCUGAUCUCCCGUUGGCGCGGGACAUGAAGGUGGCUGGCGUGACUAGCAUCGUCCUUGAGAUCAUCUUUCUCCGCGAAUUCCCCAUGUCUCCGCCAUUUGUUCGCGUGGUUCGCCCCCGUUUUCUUCCAUUCGCUAGCGGUGGAGGUGGUCAUGUCACGGCGGGCGGAGCUAUGUGUAUGGAGCUUCUAACAAACACGGGCUGGUCACCAGCAAACAGCUUGGAAAGUGUUCUCUUACAAGUACGCCUAGCUAUCUGCAAUACGGAACCUAAUCCAGCACGCCUGGACAGCACAAGCCUGCGCCGGAUGGACUACGGUAUCUCCGAAGCGUUGGACGCAUACGUUCGAGCCGCAAUUGCACACGGAUGGGAUGUACCUAAAGACCUGCGAGAAGCGUCUGCUUCUGGAUUUGCCUAA